AUGCAGACAAGGCUUCGAUUCAUUUAUUGCCGGAGAAAUCCAGACUCGUGUAUGUAUACGACCAAGGAUUAUGAAGAAUUUAAUCAAUGGAAGUAUGAAAAUCGAAUUAUUGCCAUAGACGAGACCGUGUUAUUGGCGUACUUUCAAAAAUUGCUCCGUGCUUCAGCCCAGAAGGGUCUCUCAAAAGGGCUAAAAGAAGAAGAAGAACGGGAUAUGGACGAGCAACAGGUGAUCGAACAUUUGGAGAAAAAAUGCCUCAGCGGGAGCCUCGAUAAUGAUAGUGAUGGCAACGUCACGUGUCCGGUCGUUUUCGAUGGUUAUUUGUGUUGGCCCGCGACCCUUAGGGGGCAAUUGGCUAGGCAGCCCUGUUCCGGGAAUUUUCUCAAGUCCACUCUCGAGGGCUGGGCGUCCCGCCAGUGCACCGACAACGCCACCUGGUGGAUCCCCGACGGGCUAACGGCCGCCUGGUCCAAUCUGACGCAGUGCGGCACCUUCUUCGUCUACACGAACGCCACUGCGUUGCCGCCCGCCUUGCUCGACCCGAUCUACCCCGUCUGGCUGCCCCGCAUCAAGGCAGUUUCGUACUUCGGGUAUGCCGUGUCGGUCGCUUGUCUCGUGGUCGCCAUCUGCAUUUUCGUCAGCAUCAAGAGAUUGCAUUGCGCAAGGAAUAAACUGCAUCUGAACUUGUUCGUUUCAUUCAUACUGAGGUCACUGUUGUCAGUACUGAAAGAUGGUCUAUUCGUCAGGGGUACGGCUCUUCCCCAAGAUGUUUUUUAUGACGACGAAGGCCAGCCGAAAUUCCCCGAAGACAUCACCUAUUCCUGGGUGUGUAAAGCUAUUGUCAGCAUCAGGUACUAUUUCAUCUUGGCGAAUUUCGUGUUUAUGUUGAUGGAAGGACUUUACCUACACAAUCUGAUGUUUCUGAAACUGUUCUCUGACAACCACAAGGUGCAUAUCUACUGCUUGAUAGGUUGGGGACUACCUGUAUUUUUUCUUGUCCCAUGGAUAAUCCUAAGGACCGUAUUCGAAGAUGUGAUAUGCUGGACUGAAAAAGACAACCCUUAUAUAACUUUAAUAUUUAUUGACGUCCCCAUUGGUACUACCGUUGUGAUAAAUUUCAUUUUGUUCCUGAUUAUUGUAAGAGUCCUCACCGUUAAACUCAACAGUGUAUGGAUACAACAAAGAAAAAUGAAAUACAGGAAGUUAAUGAAGGCGACCUUGAUUUUGAUACCUCUAUUUGGAGUGCCAUACUCUUUUUCUCUUCUGAUGUCGAUUUACACAAAGCAAAGCCCUAUGUUGGACAUAAUAUGGUUGUUGUUCGAUCAAGUAUUUUCUGCCUUUCAGGGUCUUUUCGCCGCCUUGGUCUACUGCCUACUGAACAGCGAAGUGCAAACAGAGAUCAGGCGCAAAUACAGCUCGAUGAAGGAUCGCAGCGACAGCAGGGAGUUCCGGAGGAGCAGGACGAUUUCCAACACGCAACAAUGUUCGUUGCCCGUCGAGGAGGCUGCGGAAAAUCUGCAGGAUUUCGUCUUGGACAAACGUAACCCGCAGGAAGUCGUCAUCAAUAAAGAGCAGAAAGAAUGCUACUUUUGA